UUGUUACACAGAGCUGAACUCACAUCUCCUCUCAACAUGGCCUACAGCUGCUGCUCUGGAAACUUCUCCUCACGCUCCUUUAGGCGCUGCCUGCCCUCCUCAGGCUCCUCCUGUGGCUCUUCCUACCCCAGCAACCUGGUCUACACCACUUCCAGCUGCUCUCCCAGCACCUGCCAGCUGGACUCCUCUCUGAACAGUGGCUGUCAGGAGACCUGCAUUGAGCCCAGCAGCUGCCAGAGGUCCUGUGUGGUGUCCAGCCCCUGCCAGAUGUCCUGCUACUACCCCAGGAGCUCCUCACCCUGCAGUCCCUGCCAGGGCACAUAUGCUGGGUCUCUGGGCUUUGGGUCCAGCAGCUGCCGUUCCCUGGGCUAUGGAUCUAGAAGCUGCUACUCAGGGGGCUGUGGAUCCAGUGGCUUCAGAUCUCUGAAUUGUGGAGUUUAUGGCUUCCCUUCCCUGAGUUAUGCAUCCAGAUAUUAUUACCCAAGCUAUUCCGUUUCUCGUUCCUGCCAACCUUGUUACAGACCAGUCUGUGGAUCAGGCUUCUAUGGAUACAACUGUUAA